AUGCGGUCGAAACGGCUGCCCCGUAUCGACAAAGCCACCGAAAGAGGCCGAGCCCAAGUCACAAGGAGACGAUACCAAGAAGACAACCCCCCAAGACCCAAACGGACAAUGUUCUGGAGAUGCGGUAAAUCCUGGGACGAAGAGGACACACAGAUGGAAGAGCGUCGGAAUGGGGAUAUGCCGGAGUCUGAAUGUCAAUGGCAAGAUGGGACGAUGGUGGGACAUUGCGGCGAGAUUCGGUUCGAGGCGAACCAGGUAAAGAAACAGGUCAACGCCGUUCAAAAGGAGAUCACAGCGAAACGCAAGGCCAAAGAGCCGUUUGAUGAAUUUUUAGAGCAAAAGAAUAAACUCGAGGCGCAGGUUGCGGAGAUGGAAAAGGCGGUGGACGAGGAAGAGCGAGUUAUGCGCGCCAAGGCUGCGACGAUUGGGAAUCUAGUCAACAAGGGUGUCCCCAUUAGCCAGACCGAGGACGACAAUAAAGUGCUCAAAACAUGGCACCCCGAUGGCCCCAACGCCCAAGUCGAAAAAAAGAGCGACAUUCUGGCGCACCACGAAGUGAUGAUCCGGAUCGGGGCAUUCGACACGGAACGAGGCUCCAAAGUCGCCGGACACCGCGGGUUCUUCCUCACCGAGGACGGACGAGGGUACAAGAAGAUUCAACCCCCGUUCUUCAUGCGCAAGGACGCGAUGGCCAAGACGGCGCAGCUGGACCAGUUUGACGAGGAGCUGUACAAGGUGUCUGGGGAUGGAGAGGACAAGUACUUGAUUGCGACGAGCGAGCAGCCUAUUUCGGCGUUUCAUUCGGACGAGCUGUUUGAUCAGCCCGAGAAGCAACUGCCUAUCAAGUUGAGCUUCUGUUUUGGGUAUGCUGGAUACUCGACGUGUUUCCGAAAAGAAGCUGGUGCAGCCGGUCGAGACACAUGGGGCAUCUUCCGUGUACAUCAGUUCGAAAAGGUCGAGCAGUUCUGCAUCACGCAACCGGAGCAUUCGUGGGAGAUGUUCGAGCACAUGGUCGAGAAUGCGGAAGCGUUUUACCAGUCGUUGAAGAUCCUACGAUUUGGAAGCUUGGUUCCCGUUCCAGGGGCAUACAAGGAACUGGUUUCGUGUUCUAAUUGCACGGAUUAUCAGAGCCGAAGGUUGCGUAUCCAAUGCGGACAGAAACAAAAGGGUGACACACGCACAAACUGGGUGCACAUGCUCAAUGGAACGCUGUGCGCAACAGAACGUGCGUUGUGCUGUAUUGUGGAGAACUACCAGAGUCCGGAAGGCCUGGUGAUUCCCGAGGUGUUGCGUCCGUACAUGCAAGGGCGCGAGUUGCUGCCGUAUGCCCCCGUUGUUGUCGUCGCCGUCGUGUGCGUAAUGCUCGUCGCGUUUGGGUGGUGGAAGCGCCGGAAACGGACGCGCGAGUUUAUCCAACAACUCCAGACGACGGCCGCAACGACGAAUAACAAUAGCACUUCGGCAACGAAUAACAUUUCCAAUUCCAAUACGACGACCACGAAUGCUGCUCCGACGACUGGUGCAGAUGCCCCCGCACGUCCCCCGAGACGCCGACGCCGCCGACGACCGAGCCAGAUAUCGACCAAGAGUCUGCCGGCGUAUAACGAACAGGCCGGAGACGAGGAGAUUGUGCUCGUGAGACGGGCCGAGAACCAAAACGAUUCGGACGAUGACGACAGCAAUGAACAGGACGAUGAACCGCCCAAUACUACUCGACAGCCAUCUUCUUCCUCCCGCGCACCUGACUCACGGCCCUUGCUCGACGAUGAUUCCAGUCCGGACAUGCCGCGCGUAUCGCUUGCCAGCAUCCCAAGAACCGAGUCAGCUGGGCCACGAGUCACUGGCCAAUACCACCUUUGCUUCCUAUCGCGGAAACCGAGCCUGAGCCUGAACCGGAGCAGGAGCAGCCAGAGCCAGACCAUACGCAGCGAGGACAACAGGCAACACGCUACGACGCUUCACCCAUAUGGCGAUACUCCCACUUAUGACGAGGCCAUGUCCACCAGCCACGUCCAUCUCCCUUCCACCGACACAGCCCAUACCACCGAACCAUCCACGAGCACAAACACCGACCUGGGCCAGCCCCGGCCGACGCAGACGCAACAGCCGUCUGGUUCGAGUGCGGGCCAUGGAUCCGCUCCAUCCGAGUCGGUCGAGAUGACCGACACCUCUCCCCGGCCUUCGACAUCCACCCACCGCCCCUCUGGAUCUACAUCCGCAUUCACCCACCGCCCUUCGACGUCCCUCUCGGUAAACGCACACAAACCCUCGCCCUCGCUCUCGUCCCUCUCGCUCAUCCUCACCCGCUCCCAGUCGCCCACCAUGUCCCGCACAUCCCUCAACAUCUCCUCCCCAUCCCCACCACCCUCUUCGCGAGAGAGUCUUGGGAGGUUCGGAAUGCCCUAUGGAGAAGAAGCCAUCGCUGCUGCCCGCUCGAGAGAGUACCUGCCGCCCAUCUAUCAGCCUAGGGUCGGCGAAGCGGGCGCGACGACCGGGGCUGACGAGAGUGGCGCAAUUAGUGGCACUGGCGGUACUGGUGGGAUUGCCGGGACCAAUGAGAUCACUCGAACCGGGUCGGGAUCAGCAGGAGCAGCGCCUGGUUCAGACGACGAUCCGACUGUCACGAUCAGACGCGGUCCGAUGAUCUUGACGCCCGGUGAACUCGCCACGAGGCAGCACCGCUCGGGACUCGCCGUGUCGGCUCCUGCCGAUCCCGAUCCUACCGUUACCAUCACCGUCACUGCUUCGGCGGACGACACCAAGGAGGCCGAUGAGGACUAUCACGAACCUGGACCUGGGACGACUGGGGUUGGGACUGGGACUGGAUUGGAACUGGAGGGGUUCGAGAAACUAGAGGAUACUAUGGUUAUCCAAGAAGAACCCAUGGGCAUAUACGAAGAGGCUAUGACUGUACAACCCAAACCCAGAGCCACACGGGACUAUCCGACGACUGAACACCACCAGCACGAUCUAGCCAAUCAGGACAGCCGACGAGAAUCAGUCUAUACGACCCAUUCAUUCGUGACCGCCACCGAGGGCGAACGGGACAGUUCGCCGCCUACACCUACGCCUACACCCGGCCCUGGCUCUCGCGCUAAUUCGGGUUCUGAUUCGGUCUCUGGGUUGGGUUCGGGUUCGGGCACGCUCGUUCGUCGCCCGAUCCAGAUCGAGGUUUCCACCCCGUCUGAAACCCAGACUCGACUUUCGACCGAAACCCAGACCCGGUCCUCGACUGAAACUCAAACCCAGAGCCAGAGCCAGAGCCGGACUACCCCUGCCGCGCGCAAACGGUGCUCAUUCCAGAAUCCAGCGAGGCCCUGCAUCCAGAGUUGA